GGUCGUCUGCAGGUGACAUCAGUAGUUUCCCUUUAAAAGAGCGAGCAAGUACUUGCAGUAUUACUGUUUAGACUUUUAAAAAUGGUACUGUGCAACGUGGAAUGUGUGAAAAGAGUUUCUGAAUAUUUGCGAGUACCUCCCGGAAAUCUGUACAUGUCAGAGAACAAUAUAGUAGCCUCUGAUAGCAUCAUUGAGAAUGAAUCUGUAGAGGGGUUUAGUUCGAUAGUACAAGCAUUGGCAACUAAUUCACUCUGUCCAGCUAAACAUAUUGGAAGUGAUCCAGAACAACAAGCCUUAACCCGUCAGUGGCUAGAAUAUGCUGUUUUAUACGUCAACUAUGCUGAUAAUUCUGUAAAUUGUAAAAGAAUUCUGAGGGAACUGAAUGAUGCGCUCAGGUAUAAUACUUAUUUUACUGGAACUGAGCAAACCAUAGCCGAUGUGGUGUUAUAUUACCUUCUACAUUCAAUAAUGAGAGAUUUGACCUAUAAUGAAAAGGCUCGAUACAUCAACGUUUCAAGAUGGUUUGACAAUAUACAACAAAAUCUCGAAUCGAAACAAAAAUUAGAAUUAGUUAAUUUUGAUUUACUCCACUUGUACUUAUAAAAACACCAGCAACGGAUUCUUAAGUGAGUCAAAUCCUUAAAAUAUAUAUGUAUUAAUUCUCAGAUAGUAUUUAAGAAAUUUCACCAUUGUCAUAUAUAUUUAUAACUUAUCAAUAAAUCCCAAAAAAUUCAA